AUUAAUUGUCAAUUGGUGUCGACCCACAAACCUUAGUGUUAAAUAAUCACUUUUACUGUAAAUUAAAACUUAAAUUCCAUUAUGUACCUAUAGUACUUUUUUAUUUAGUUUAAAUAUGAACAAGUUCAAAUAUAUUAUUCAAAUUGUUUUAUUUGGUUUCUUAAUACUAAAAGAAUCAAGUUUAAACCCUUUACAAAAUGAAAAAAUAUGUUCAUCAUCUUCACAGGCACAAAACGAACAAUUCCCUUACAUAGUGCUUAUAAGAGUUCAUUCAAAUGGUGAAAUGUUAUGUCAAGGCACAUUGAUCGAUGUGAAUUGGGUGCUAACCUCUGCGUAUUGCAUUAAUACUACAAGCAACAUUCCAUUGAACAAUAUAGAUAUUGCGAUGCGAAACAAUAAAACUCAUGUAACUAUUUUGAAACCAAAAAAAGUGAUAGAAACAAAAUACAACGAUGUGGCAUUAAUUCAAAUAGAAAAAUCAAUUAUUACCAACAGUAUAAUAACACCCAUCAAAUUGGCCACUGAAGAUUUAUCGAACAAUACACAAUGCGUAGUGACCAGUCUUCAAAAACAAUUAAACAAUGAUAUAUCACUCAUAUAUUGGAACGUGGUUAAUAUUUUAAAACAAAAAUAUGAUAAGAGCGAAUGGUACUUAGAAGAUACGAUUUGUCACUCACAAAUAUGGAAUUUAUUACAGAACACAACCGAUAAUGGAACGCCUCUGAUCUGUAAUAAUCAUCUAUAUGGAAUAUAUUCACUCAAUGAGCCUAAUAUAUUCAAUAACAUUUUGAAGUACAACAGUUGGAUAAAAAAUCUAAUCAACCCAAUAUCUUUAGAUACAACAUCAGAAAAAUAUAUGACCAAUUUUGUUUCUAAUCAUAACUCUAUAUCUGAUACAAAUUCAAUAGUAACGGGAUUCGAUACGAAUAAUAUGUCUUCACCAGACAAUGUAUAUAAAAGAACUUAUUCAAAACCAAUAUUCAAAUCAUCUGUAUACACUCAAAAAGAAAAACGAAGCAUCACGGUAAACGUUGAAUAUAAUUCCUUAAGUACAGAACCCACUAAAAUGAAAGACACGGAAAGCACCAAAUUUGUUGAAAUAAAUUCAGAUAGUCCUGAAGAAACACCAGAAACACCAGAAACACCAAACAUAUUAACUAAUACAAUAAAGUCAGACGAUUCGACUUCUUCAAAAUCUCCAACACAGUCAUAUUCUUCUACUAUCAUUAUUAAAUCAUCGACCACAGAAAAAUCUGCUUCAAACUCGAGUCCUUCGUCGUCUAUAACUGAAGAUACAGGUUACCGUGGAUAUACUAAAGAAAACGAAAAUAAUGAAGAAAUCUGGGAUGAGCCCACUUCUGAAACUCCUACUAUUCAAUCUUCAACCACAGAGAAAUUUACUUCGAGUUCAAAUCCUUCGACAACUAUAACUGGAAAAACAGAAAAACCAGAAGUAACCAAAUAUACCAAAGAUAACGAAAACACUGAAGAAACCUGGGUUAAGUCCAGCUCUGAACGUCCUACUGAUGAAACAGAAAAUAUCGAAGAAAUCGUAGAAACUGAAGAAUCCCAGGAUAAACCCAGCUCUGAACGUCCUACUGAUGAAACGGAAAAUAUCGAAGAAAUAGUAGAAACUGAAGAAUCCCAGGAUAAACCCAGCUCUGAACGUCCUACUGAUGAAACGGAAAAUACCGAAGAGAUCGUAGAAACUGAAGAAUCCUCGGAUAAGCCCACCUCUGAACCUCCUACUAUUCAAUCUUCGACCACAGAGAAAUUUACUUCGAGUUCAAAUCCUUCAACAACUAUAACUGGAAAAACAGAAAAACCAGAAGUAACCGAAUAUACCAAAGAUACCGGAGACACUGAAGAAACUUGGGAUAAGCCCAGCUCUGAAUCUCCUACUGAAGAAACAGAAACAACCAAAGAAACGGUAUAUACCACAGAAAUCUUAGAAACUGAAGAAUCCCAGGAUAAACCCAGCUCUGAACGUCCUACUGAUGAAACGGAAAAUACCGAAGAAAUCGUAGAAACUGAAGAAUCCCAGGAUAAACCCAGCUCUGAACGUCCUACUGAUGAAACGGAAAAUACCGAAGAGAUCGUAGAAACUGAAGAAUCCUCGGAUAUGCCCACUUCUGAACCUCCUACUAUUCAAUCUUCAACCACAGAGAAAUUUACUUCGAGUUCAAAUCCUUCAACAACUAUAACUGGAAAAACCGAAAAACCAGAAGUAACCGAAUAUACCAAAGAUACCGGAGACACUGAAGAAACUUGGGAUAAGCCCAGCUCUGAAUCCCCUACUGAAGAAACAGAAUAUACUAAAGAAACGGAAUAUACCAAAGAAACUGAAUAUACCGAAGACACUGAAUCUACCGGAGAAACUGACUAUACCGAAGUAACUGAUUAUACCUCUGAUAAUUCAUCAGAGUUAUCAACCCCCGUUAUCCCGACUACUCAAUCUUCGACCACAAAAGUAACGACCUUAAGCACGAAUCCUUCAACGGCUAAAAGUGAAAAAACAGCAGCUACGGACGAUACAGAAGCCCCAUAUUCAGAGAUGUCCAGCACUCAUCGUCCUAUUACUCAAUCUUCAACCACAAAAGUAUCAACGUUAAGCACGAAUCCUUCAACGGGCAAAAGUGAAGAAACAAUAGCCACAGAAGACAAAUUUACGGAGACAAUAAAAACUACAGUUACUGAUGGAACUAAACAAACGUCACAAACAGAAACAUCAGUGACUUAUUCUUCAACAACAACUACUAUUUUGCCCUCUGAUAUUACUACAAGCCCGUCAUCCCCAGAAACAAAUACAACACUUUCCGAUCAUGGCGAUGAAUUAAAUACAACGACGACGACCACUACGCCUACAACAACUAGUAUAAGGACAGUAGUAACAUACGACAUUUCUGACCCCAGAGAAUCUUCAACAUUCGUGGAUGAUCAAUAUCAAGAUAAAUCUAGUUCCCAAAUAACAUCUAUUCAUACAAGUUUAAUAAUAAUUGUAUUUUGUAUCAUGUAUCACAUUAAUUUAUAAUUUAACCAUACUUAAAUGAUUUCAAUUUGUACAGAGGCUAAAAAAACUUACAAAUAAUUAAAAACUAGACACAGAUAUUUUAAAUAAAUCAAUUUCAAACAUUUUAUGGUUUUAAACAGAUCGUGAAAUUUUUUCAACAAAUAAAACUAAAUUAAAAAUA